AUUGCCCGGAUUUGAAUAUCCCGCCUUGAGUGCGCCGUACUUCGCACAGAACCCCUUGGAACAGCGACACGUGCGGAGUGGUAUACGAUACAGGGAGCCCAAAGACCGCAUCAAAAUGACAAUAUCGGAGGCCUUUAAGGAUCAGGAAAUCUUUGUCACAGGCGCCUCGGGCUUUGUGGGCAAGGCGCUGAUCGAGAAGCUGUUGCGCUCCUGUCCCAAGCUGGGCCGGAUCUACGUGCUGCUGCGGCCCAAGAAGGGGCAGUCCAUUGAGGAGCGUCUGCAAGUGCAGUGGGAGUCGAAGCUGUAUGAGCGCCUGCGAAGGGAGCAGCCCGAUACCCGAUCCAAGCUGGUGGCCAUAGCCGGCGAUGUGGAGCAGUUGGGCCUGGGAAUAAGUAAGGCCGACCUCGAGCGGCUACGAAAUGUGAACAUUGUCUAUCACUCGGCAGCCAGUGUGCGUUUCGAUGAUGCCUUGAGAACAGCCAUACUUAUGAACACCCGUGGUACCCACGAACUGGUGAAGUUGGCCUUGGAGUGGCGUAAACUCAAGGCCUUCGUCCAUGUGUCCACCACCUACUCGAACCCGGGAGUUCUGGAAGUGGAGGAGCGGGUCUAUCCACCGCUGGCCGACUGGCGUACCACCAUUAAACUAGCGGAGACCUAUGACGAGGAGAUCCUAAACGUCUUUAAUCUCAAGUACGGAAACUUCCAGCCCAACACGUACACCUUCACCAAAAGUUUGGCCGAGCAGGUGGUCAACGAGUACAGGGAUAGGCUGCCCAUCUUUAUCUUCAGGCCCUCGAUCGUGGUCUCUACGAUCGAGGAGCCCGUGCCCGGCUGGGCGGAUAACUUCAAUGGACCCACGGGGCUCUUGGUGGCCUGCGGCGUGGGUAUCCUCCGCUCCCAAAACUGUGAUCCCAACAUUGUGGCCGACUUCGUGCCCGCCGACAUUGUGGCCCGCACCCUGAUCACAGCGGUGUACAAGUUCAUGGGGGAAUCGAAAUCCAGGGACAAGACUGGCGAGCUGUACGUGGUAAACUGCGCCACGGCGAAUAUAUCGCCGAUCACCAUGGGCGAGGUGAUCGAGAUCGGAAAGACGUUCAUCAGGAAGAACCCCUUCGAGAAGACCCUGUGGCUGCCAGGGGGAGGGAUGACCACCUGUCCGGUCCUCCACUUCGUGCGGUUCUGCACCAUGCAUCUUCUGAUGGCCGUUGUGGUGGACUCUCUGCUCCGUCUCUAUAACGAAAAGCCUUUCCUGAUGAAGCUGCAGCGUCGUAUUUUCGCCGCCUUCAGUGCCCUGCAAGUGUUUGCGAUGACGGAGUGGCAUUUUCAGAACGACAAUUUCCGGGCUCUGCACGAUAUGGUUCCGGCCAACGAAAUCGACACCUUUGGCUUCAUGCAGCACGCGAACAUCAACUAUACGGAGUUCUUCCAGCACGGAAUCCGGGGUGCCAAGGAGUUCCUGCUGAAGGAGAGUCCCGAGAGCAGCAGCGCCGCCCGCUUCCGCAUAAAGAUCUUCUACGUCCUCGACUACUUGUUCCGGGCCAUCGUCUACAGCUUCCUGCUGCGCCUGAUCUUCCGGUUUUUGGUCAGCCUGUGGUAGCCAAGUCCUUGGGGCAUUGAAAAUAGUUGGGUAUCUUGGCAUUGGUGGAAUUCUGCUUACUUAAAGAAUGUAUUUGUUGAGUGAUUGCUUGCAUUUACAUAAUAAUAAUAAAAUCUAAUCAGAAUUUUACAAA